AUGUAUAAGGCAGUUAUCUUCGACAUCGGCGGUGUCGUAAUGCGAAGCCCCUUCAUCGCUAUCGCGGAGUACGAACGAAAACUCGGUCUGCCCGUCAACUAUCUGAAUUGUUCUAUAACUGGUUAUGGCUCGCAAGGUGCAUGGCAGAAGUUUGAGCGAGGGGAGCUCGAAUUGUUCCCGUUUUACGAGGCUUUUGGUCGUGAUCUCUCUGACACAAAAAAAGGCAACAUAUGGUAUAAAGCAUACUGCAAACGGAAGGGAAUAGAAUGUCCCCCGUUGCCAGAGAAGCUGGUGAUUGAUGGACGGGAUCUCUUCGCUUCCAUGAUGCGUGAAGCGAAUCAAUACAACCCUCACAUACGUCUUGCCAUCCGCCGGCUGCGAGCUGCGGGGAAGCAUAAGAUCAUCGCCUUGACCAACAACUUCGCGAACGUCAACGUUCCCGCGGAAGAGCGUGCUUUCCUCAGUUGGGGCGAAGGGGCAACACCGAAUCAUCUUCGGGAGCUCUUCGACGACUUUUGUGACAGCAGCAGUCUUGGGAUGAGGAAACCCGAGCCAGGAUUCUAUUUGCUGGCCUGUGAACGGAAUGGAAUUAAACCAUCCGAGGCUAUUUUCCUCGAUGACAUUGGCUUGAACUUGAAGACGGCCAAAGAACUGGGGAUGAGUACGAUCCUGGUAGAAAUUGGGAAGACACUAGACGCUGUGAAGGAGUUGGAAACGCAAGUUGGGUUGGAUCUCACAAGCGACAUGAUCGAAUCCAAGCUUUGA